CUCUCUCACAGUCUUCAGUCUCUGCAGGCGUGUGUUCAGGUCCACUCCCCCUUUAGGAAGUUCCCCCAGCUGUGGUUUGUGGGUUGGAAGCUGAAUCCAAUACUUUCACUUCUUCUAGCUGUUUCGGAAUCACUCGCUGAUGCUCGCAUCAGAAAGAAGUUUCUGAAAAGAGGACCUCCAGGAUGUCCUGCCUGUGGAUUUAUCUGAGUCUGCUCUCUGCUGCAUCUUCAUUACAAAGCAGAUCAUCGUCUAAUAAAAGUGUGUCUAAUCCAGGAGUGUCACUGAAGUGCAACCAAACAGUGGAAGUUCCGUCUGGAGCCAUGGUGACGCUAAAAUGCACUAUAUCUUACUCAGACACUAUGCAGAACUGUAAGGGUAUAAAGUAUUUGUGGUGCAACACACAUGGCGAGAUAUCAAGUAACAACGACUCGCUGAAUUACAGCAGUGAAUGGGAUAAAUUCACUUAUGUGUCGUUGACCAUCUCAAGUGUCACGGAAGGGGACAAUUACACCGUUCACAUAGACACAAACUGUGGUAUGGCUACAUCACCUGCUAUCAUCGUAACAGUUACACGGCAGUCCUCUGAUACCCUCGAAUCAACACGUGACCAGAUCACCCAUGUGCUACCUACCAUACUGGCUGUUUUCGCCAUCCUCAUUGUUUUUUUUCUCCUUUUCCUGUUUGGAGCUUUCAAAAGGAGAGAAAUAAUCAACAUGUUAAGAAAGCAAAGAGGGAAGGAGACUGCAGUGGUAUCAACACUGAUGAUAUGAUUUCAUCUGACUGAGGAGUACUACUCAGUGUGUGGAAGCAGUGGUGAAAGUACUUCUGUGGCUCUGAAGGGAGCGUUCUUUAAAGAGCAUCCCAUCAUAGUACAUAUACAGCAUCCCAUUAUCAGUAGCUUCCUCUGGAGCCACAAAAGAAAUAUUUGCGCAGUAGUACUCUGCAAGACCUGUAAAUAGACUCUGAAGUGUAAAAUCUGAGGAUUUCCCCUGUUUAGAAAAAAAACCCUGGUGAUAUAAUCUCAAUGGAAAGCCUGCUUUGAAAAACAUUAAGAAAACAGACGCUUUUAUGAGGCAGUGGAAGUCUAUGGAAAGGUGCUGUCGAGUUGUAUUAUGUGAAAUGUAGGCUGCAGCACGUUUGCACCUUGACCCAUUCUAGAGAUUAAAAAUCAGAAGGACUUGCUCUCUGAUGCAUUGAUUCUUAUUUCUUUUUUUGUUUUGUUUUUUUAUAUAUGUCACACACGAGUCUAGAACGUCAUGGAAGUGCAAUACAAAGCGAGCAAAGUAUGGAUCAAAACUAAAUGCGAUGUUGUUUACUGUGAAUGGAGUGAUUGGUGUCGUGAGCUGCAUGUCCUGAAUGUGUAGAUUAUAACAAUUGCUAAGUCAGUCACUGUACGUGAAACAGUGGGUGAUGUUUUGUCAGAAACAAGCAUUUCCACAGCUUUGAUCUGAAGCACAACACCCACCCACACACAGCUGAUUAACACCAAGUAACAAGAAGAGUCAGUGACAUAUUUCCUUUGUACACCACACUUCGCCUCUUAAGUAUCAAUGUGACAGUCAACCUGUCAGUCAGUCAGUCAGGCUGAGGCUGAGUCUGCCUGCCUGCAGCCCAGCUGUCGUGAUGAGAGCCCACUGGUGGAGCUGUGUGCUGGGAUUACUCUGCAUGCCUGCUGAGGUGAUACUCAACACCUCGACAGUUUCUCAAGAUCCCUCGGCCAUCUCUCUAGUGAGAGUCAACUCAUCUACUGAGAUCACAUGCUCCACAUCAUUUCCUGACCCGAUGGGCUUCUACCUGCACAGGGGUUUCCAUGAAAACAGGGACGUUGUGUUCCUGGACUUGGAAAACGGGCAAGUCAACAAGAUUUCUACAGCUGCAGAAUUUGUAGGCCGAGUUCGCAUAGCUUCAAACUGGCAGACCGGGAAGGGCGAUGGAUUCAAUUAUGGAUUCAUCCUGCAGCUGUCUCUGCUCAGGUCGGAGGACACGGACUGGUAUUACUGCAGCUGGAUAUACUUCAAACCAGAGACGGCGGACCUAGAAAAACUGUCCAGCAUUGGCACUGCUAUCAUUGUCAGAGACUACCAGGAACAAUGCAAGACCCACAUCGGGGAUCUCAUCUUCAUUGCCUUGAGUGUGACAGCAUUCACUAUCGUAUUGUUCCUCUUCAUAGGGGCAUUGAUUGUGAGACGCAGACGAUUUAAAAAGCGCUUCAGACCUGCCAGACCUGUAAAUCCACGCAGACCUAAUAGGCCUCAACAUGUCAGUCCCCAGGAAAGACCCUACUUGAUCACAUCUGCAAGUACUUUGGACUUCAGGGGCAUUCUGUAAUGCUAAGAGACGACGUGGUGGUGAUGAUAAGAUGUGAAGAUUCUCUGGAAAAGUUCUUGUUGACUGUACAGUAAAUUUACCGCACAGGUGGUUAGUAACAGACGACUGAGACUGAGCCAGCAGCUGGCCUUACGUGUCUCACUUUUUGCUCUCCUCUUCAUUUCCUUUUGUAUACAAAAUUGUGUCCUGUUUGUGCAAAAGUGAUUGAGCUACCACAUCCUGGCUGAUGUGGAGUGUACAGGUGUGAUGCAUGUGUACAGUGUUGGUGAAGAAAAACUGCAGAGCAGGCAUUUUUGCUAUUCUACUGUAUGUGCUACACCGCAUGUGGGCUUGAUUGUGCUGUUUCUCAAUAUGAUUAUUCUACAUGUUUCCUCUGUGUCCCCUACAAAGAUUUUGAUUUUCCAACAUAUGUUAAUCACAGUUUAAUGUCUGAUUUAAUAUUAGCAUUAAAUCUGAGCUUCUUCCAAAUGUAUUGUUUCUUUCAAG